GCCAAGGCCAUCCAUCCGCUUCCCUGUUCAGGAUCUUGAUUCAGCUGCUGCAAAACACGGGCACGCUAUAGCAAGGACACGCUCAUGGGCCAGGCUUGCGCGGGGUUUCUCGUGUCUCAGCAAGAAUCGCGCAGGCUAAUCAAUCAGGUUGCCAUCCCCGGCGGCCAGCUUCUGUAGCGGUCUCUUCUUUAGAUCGCAAUCAGGUCUGCAAUAUGCAGACGCACUGGCGCGCGCCAGCAAUGAAUGAUUGGCCUGCGCAACCCCACACUGUGCGACGACCGUGCUGCACGCGGAAGAGUAGGAUUCGUGAUCGAUGGAGUGGUGUUUGCUCGAUCAUCCGCUGAUGGGCCACUCUCCACUUCCGUGUCUCAUCAUCAAGACGCUCGAGCACAAAAGUUCUCUCUUGGCGGCACUACUCGCAGAAGCCACGCCCUGCUGCAACAUUUACCUUGCGACUGAUCGUGCCGGCGGUGUCUCAGCCCCCUCAU